CGGUGACGAGGGAAUGUUCUCAGUGCUCGCGGCAUGGGCAUGAUACCCGUAUUCUCACGUUCUAUCUAUCUUCCCGGACCUACGGGCCUUUCCAGGAAUAGAAGCUAAUCUACCAUAUCCCGAGCAGUUACUGCACUUCAGUCAACCGAAUACUUCGCUGCGAGUACAGUACCGCACAAGUACUUGAGUACGGUACAAGUGAGAUACUCGGGAGCUGAGUGGUUUGACAGAUACCAGUACGGCUCCUAGGGGAGUUUGCAUCUGCAGCAAAAGCAUAUUCCAGCAGUCAAUCAUCCUUCCACCAAACGGAGACGCACUCUGCUUAAGCAAUCAUAUCUGACCACCGCCAUUGGGGGGGAGGAGGAAAGAAUUCUUCACCAUCCUAAGACGGAUUAUCUCAUCUGCACGGUAAUGCACUGUCACUCGAGUACGGUAGGUCAGGUGGCUUGGAAAUUACCAACGCUUAACCUGAUAAAGAUAGGUUAUUUGGGUGCCGAGUUUCUAUCUUUAGUUUGUCAUAGCAUACUCGAGUAGUAAAAUAUAACCCAGAGGUGCUUGAAAGGCUGGGAUGAAAAGAAGGUUAUGACAUGAUACCGGUACCCCCUUGUUCCAUCGUCCGUCUUAUAUGCCGCUUAUUAUUAUGCUCGGAAAGGCAAGCCAGGCGCAUGCAGAAGCGCUCGAGCAGGCUGGAUAUCGUGCCUCUGCUUCUCGAAGGUGGAGGAAGCUCUUUUUUGCGGGGAAAUCUUUUGCCUGUGGUGGUUGGGGUGGGGAUGGUCUGGGAGGACCUCUCAUAUAAGGAAGCGAGCAUUUCCGUCAACGGUUUCGGUAUUCAGAAUCAUUUAAUUAGCGGCUUAAAACACUAGAACUGGGUUUAGAUUGCUAUUCUACUAUCACUGCUACACUCUUUACUACUUUUAACUUUUAAUAUGUCCCAACAACCCCCCCGCGUUGAUGUUCCGGUCUCCACUGAGGGCCUUUUGGCGCUCACUUGGGGAUUAAACUCUCUUGUUUUCGUCGUCCUGGUCAUUAGACUGGUGCUUCACAGAAGGCAAAAGUUGAAAGGUCCCGCAAUCGUCAUUUCCGAUGCCCUGAUCUGCGUUUCUUUCUUUUUCGGAAUAACAGCCAUCGCGACGGAUGCAUGGAAGUACUCCAAGGAGAUUGAAGCCAGGACUCGCCAAUUGUCACUUCACGAUAAGGAAACUUCUCCGAAGCUCUCCUUCUUUUGCGGCUACUUCGUCUUCUCAGCAAUGUGGUUCGCCAAAGGCGCCUUCGUAGUCUACUACUACCACCUUUUCACAAAUCUCUCCAAAAAGCUGAGAUACUAUCUCAUAUUUGUAACUGCCUUCACCGCGAGUACCUACAUUUUCACUAUGCUCCUACAAACAUUCUGGUGCCGUCCCAUUUGGACAAACUGGACUCUCGACCCGCUCCGCGGCUGCUCGGCCACGGGGAACACCACCACUCUCCCGCUCUGGAGCUUCAUGAACAUUGUGACCGACAUCCUUAUUCUCGCUGUCCCGCUCUCGGUCCUGCACACUCUACAGUUGGGACGCAGACAGGUUGUUGCCUUGAUUGUUGUCUUCCUGAUCGGUGGGCUGUCGAUCUUUGCCGCGGUAGCUAGAUUCAUAAUCAUAUUUCCGAAGAUCAAGAAGAACUCCAAGGCCCCUAUUGUCCACACCUACGAGCUGUGGGCGUUGAUUGAGAUUAUGUCGAGUCAGUUGGCAGUCUGCCUACCGGCGCUGAGAGGCUGGUUGAGGGGGAGGAAGGACAACCGCAGCAGGAAGGCUUGGGGCGGCAGCGAACGGAAGGCUGACAAUGCUGUGAGUGGUGGAAGUGGUGGGAAGAAGCUGCGAGACAGUCAGGAUAGUUGUCCGGACUCGGGUAUUAGCAGGGUCGAGGGUGGGGAGGGGCUUUUGGGAAACGAUGAUAGGGUUUGAGAUUGGGG